AUGACUUCGGAAGAGACCCCCAACGUCGACCUCAUCACUCUUACUCGUCAUGUUCUUAGCGAUCAACUGCGCUUGGGGUCGACGGCGACGGGAGAUCUGACGUUGUUGCUGACUGCCAUCCAAGUGACGUCUAAAUUUAUUGCCACCAAUGUACGGAAGGCUCGGCUCAUCAACUUGGUUGGUCUGGCGGGCGAGACGAAUGUGCAAGGGGAGGAGCAAAAGAAGCUCGACGUGCUUUCAAAUGAUAUUAUGGUCAACGCCCUGCGCGCUUCUGGAAAAACAGCCGUUCUUGUAUCUGAAGAGCUAGACGACGCUAUCAUAAUUGAAGAUGGGUAUAAGGGCAAAUACUGCGUGGUCUUUGAUCCUCUGGAUGGUAGCAGUAACAUCGACGCCGGUGUCAACAUCGGCACGAUCUUUGGCAUCUACAGAGUGAGACCAGACUCCACUGGGACUAUAGAAGAUGUCCUCAGACCCGGUAGCGAGAUGGUGGCUGCUGGUUAUACCAUGUAUGGAUCCUCUGCAAAUCUCGUUCUUUCAACUGGAUCAGGGGUCAAUGGGUACACUCUUGAUGCAUCGCUCGGAGAGUUCAUCCUUACCCAUCCUAACAUCACCAUACCAUCUCGGGGGAAAAUAUAUUCCUUCAAUGAAGGAAACGCCAUGUACUUCCACCCACCAGUGACCGCCUAUCUCAAAUCUAUCAAAUUCCCGGCGCCUCCAAAAUCGCCCUACAGUGCCCGGUACAUCGGGUCAAUGGUAGCCGACGUCCACCGCACCCUUCUCUACGGCGGGAUUUUCGGUUACCCGAACGAUAAGAAGAGCAAGAGUGGGAAAUUGCGGCUGCUAUACGAGGCGUUCCCCAUGGCUUAUCUGACAGAACAGGCGGGGGGAAUUGCGACGACGGGAACAAAACGGAUUCUUGACAUUGUACCGACUAGUAUCCAUGAGCGAUGCCCUGUGUUUUUAGGCAGCAAGGACGACGUCCAGGAUUUGAUGAAGUUUUACAAGGAGACGCCGUUGGAAGGGUAGAUUCUGAUAUUUAUAAAUAGGAAAAGACGGAAUAGACUUUUGUACCACUAAAUGAAUAGGUUAUGCAUGCCAGUUCCGA